AUGACCGCCGCGGAGACCGACGUGGAGCUGCAGGACGCUCCGGCCCAGGACGCGGAGCCGCAGCAGCCGGCGGAGCCUCCUCCUCCUGCGUCUCCUCCGGCUCCGGCUCCGGAUGCUGAUGCGACGGAGGCCGAUGUGAGCGAGGCGGACCUGGACCAGGAGGAGCAGGAGAAGCUGCCGAUGACCGGCGGAGCGGAGCGGGCCGCCGAGGCUCCGUCCGCCGCGGGCGACGAGGGGGAGAAGAACGGAUCCGUGAAGCUGAAGAUCCCGGACGAGGAGCCGGAGGAGGUGAAGUUCACCGGGCUGAACAAGGAGGAGCUGCUGCGGGUGGCGGGGACGCCGGGACUCUCCAACGCUCUCUCAGGUCUGGAGCAGAAGGUCGCUGCUCUGUCUCAGCUGAAGGUCAGAGGUCUGGUCGUGGGUCCGAUCCACGUCGCUCCUCCAGACGACGCCAUGGGUCUGAGGUUUGAGGAGAUUUCUGCCGAUGCCGGAAACUUGGAGCAGUUCAAGAGCUUCAUCAGAGCGGCUCACAAGAAAGGUAUUUCUGUGGUUCUGGAUCUGACUCCGAACUACCAGGGAACCUCUGGACCCUGGUUUGCCAGCGUCAGCGUGACCAAUGUGGCUGAAAGGCUCAAGUCUGCUCUGGUCUUCUGGCUUAAUGAGGGCAUCGAUGGCGUCCAGCUGUCCGGAGUGGAGCGGGUCGCCGCCGUGGUUCCGUCUCUGUGGACCGACAUCCGGGCCAUCGUCCAGAACGGGACGGAGGAACAUCCGGAGAACAGGCUCCUGGUGGGCGUCACCGACGUCUCCUCGGCUGACGACGUCUCCUCGCUGCUCUCCUCCACCGGCGUCGACCUGCUCGUCUCCAGGGUCCUGAGCUCCGGCGGCCCGGACGCCGCUGAGCGCGCCCGGUCGGUGGAGCGGCUGUACUCGGACCACAGCCAGCUGAAGCUGGCCUGGAGCUUCGGGGGCCGAGCCGACGGCCACCUGGCGUCGCUGGGCGGAGCGGCGCUGCUGCGGCUCCACCAGCUGCUGCUGCUGACGCUGCCCGGGACGCCGGUGUUCAACUACGGCGACGAGAUCGGGCUGACGGACGAGGGCACCAAGUUCCCCAGGAUGCUGUGGGACUCUGACGAGGAGCUCAACGGAACCCUGCAGGAGGAGCGCGCUGAGCGUCUCUCCUGUCGCAGCUUCUUCCAGACGCUCAGCGAGCUGCGGGGUAAAGAGCGCUCGCUGCUGUUCGGCGACUUCGAGCUGCUGCAGAACUCGUCGUCCUCCCUGGCUUACCUCCGGGUCUGGGACCAGAGCGAGCGCUACCUGGCGGCCUUCAACUUCGCGGCGGACGAGUCGGCGGCGCUGCAGCUGAGAGGCGCCUCGCUGCCCCAGCGGGCCGCCGUUGUAGUCAGCACCAACAGCAGCGCCCUGCCGGCCGACAGGAGCCUGGACCUGAGCGAGUUGCGGCUCGGCCCCGGACAGGCCGCGCUCCUCAAGUUUCCCUACAAGGCAUAG